AAGUGCUGCUGACCUUGCAGCUUGAACCAAUUCCCCACUGAUCCCCCAAGCACUUCAUGCAUGGGGAGAUACCAUUUCACUGACGAGGUAACUAAGAUCGUGUAGUGGAAAGCAUGGCCAAGCAUCAUCCUGAUUUGAUUAUGUGCCGGAAGCAGCCAGGAAUUGCUAUUGGACGACUUUGUGAGAAAUGUGAUGGGAAGUGUGUAAUAUGUGAUUCCUAUGUGCGCCCUUGCACACUCGUUCGAGUUUGUGAUGAAUGCAACUAUGGAUCCUUUCAAGGUCGCUGUGUUAUUUGUGGAGGAGUGGGAAUUUCUGAUGCCUACUAUUGCAAAGAGUGUACACAGCAGGAGAAAGAUAGGGAUGGAUGUCCAAAAAUUGUCAAUUUAGGGAGUGCCAAAACUGACCUAUUCUACGAACGUAAGAAAUAUGGUUUUAAGAAAAGAUGAUGAGAAUUAGAUAGACGUGUACUUCUGUUAAACUGCUUUUUAUUUACUCAGUUUGAGAUGAAGAAUCUUGAUAUGUUGGGAUUAUGAGCAUAGUAUAGACACAUAUGUAGGCUUUUACAUUGCUUUUAUUAUGCUUAAGCAUUGCUGAAGACGGCAUAUUUGAAAUGUUGGAGCUAUUUUAAAUUAUUGAGUUUGUUUUCAUAGA